UGACUUGCUGAGGUGUCAGUGGAUCAAGUGGAGCUGCUUGCUAUCAACAGGUGCUGUUUGCCUGUGGUGCAUAAAAAGUGAUGGGGGCCUGGGGGUUAGUGCUGCUCAGAACUGAGACAACACAGGCUGCUGGGGAGGACUGCAGGGCCAUGAAGUGUGUGGGGAGCGGUAUUGGACAACCUGGAGACUGUACCAGUGGUUUUCUCUCUGAUGCAGAAGAUCUGGAGAGCGUGAGCGACAGUUCAGACAAAUCUCUGGGUGGUGGCGAUGAAGGAGGCUACUGUAGCCCAGCUGAGGAGUACAGGGGAAAAAGGAAGAGGAAAGGCAGGCUAUCUGGAGUCAGCAAGCAGCGACAAGCUGCCAAUGCCAGGGAAAGAGACCGUACACACAGUGUGAACACAGCCUUCACAGCCCUCAGGACACUCAUUCCCACAGAGCCUGCUGAUCGCAAACUGUCUAAAAUAGAAACUCUACGGCUGGCUUCUAGUUACAUUUCGCAUUUAGCCAACAUCCUGCUGCUGGGGGAGGACUGCUUGGAUGGACAGCCGUGCCUGCAAUAUAGAGCUUCAGUGGCUAGUGCUUCUCCUAGACCCAUCUGUACUUUUUGCCUCAGCAAUCAGAGGAAACAGCACAGGGAAGGGGAGAAGCACUUGCCUAUUUAAGGUCCAUGUGGAUAUGGACUCAGAAGAGCAGCGUGUACAACACUUGCACUGAAUAUAGAACUGUUCUAAAAAUAUCCACUCCGCACUCUUUUGUUUACAUUGAACUUAUCUAGAGCAGCUAAACCGCUAAAGUACUUUAACACGGAGCAGGGUAAAGCAAAUGAUUACAAAAAGAAGAAGAAGCAAAAAGAAAGCUGAUGUGCACUUUGUUUUACAUUGAAACUAAACUAUUUAGGAUGCUUUGCCGUUGAAAUUUAAUUAAGACAGGAAAUUUGCACCUGGUGUUGCUGCUAUUUUUUGCGCAAGAAAUGUUAAACCUGAGCAUGAUACAGACGGUGGUUACAGAAACGACACAUGAUGAAACCUGACCCUGGACACGCACUGGUUACAUCAGUAUGUGUUGUCACAACAUGCUUUCACCUGUGCUUUUCACCACUAACCCUUCCUACAAUCCCACCAGCUUUACUGUCACCCAGUUCAAGACUGUAGAUAAAGUGACAAGCAGCUGGCCCUUUAAAGAAUGUGGAGGGAGGGUGCGGGAGGGGAAGGCAAGUUAUUGUGUACAGCACAUUUUUUCAGUGAGAGUGGGAAAAAAGUAGAAAGUAUACAUUUUUUAUUCCAUCUGUGCCUCUAUUAGAUGGUCAUUAUGGAAUGCUAAACAUAUUUGAUUUUUGUACAUUUUCAUAUCUCUGUAAAUGCCUUAUGUAAUUGUAAGAAAAAGCCUCUCCAUAUAUUUUAUAUAUAAUGCAAAGCAAUGUUUAUUCAUUAUUUUAUAUACAAAGAUCCCUAUAUGUAUACUCCACAGACUUCUGAACUGCAAAGCAGAAUCCUACCUCUUUCCUAUGAGUAAAUUAUGAUUAUUAUUAUUAUCAUACCUCUUGUACAUGGUACAACACAACUGAUGGCAGUAGAAUAAAAAAUGAUCUUACAUAGUCUAGCACUUCACAAUGUUGAACCCAAAGGGUCAAGUUCAUGUAUACAAGGCACCUGCUUUGCAGCACAGAUGUCCAUAAAACAAGGUGGUUUUAUAGUUACUGAAUAUGAUUAAAUGGGAGAUACCUCCAAUAUGAACUGUACAGUCUGUAUAUAGCCAUGGUACAAAUGUGGUGCUUUUUUAUUUUAUAAAUAAUCAGAGAAAACAAUAUAAGCUCCCCCCUGGCUCCUGCCCCCAGAUUUCAAUAACACAAACCACAAGAAACAAUAGGCACGUAAUGUAAAUCAGAUUAGAAUUUAGAUAAGCAAUACCGUACAUCAGGGUUGUCUUAAUGCUCUGGCAGAGGAGUAUGGGAAAUGUAGUCCUGCAGCAGCUGGAAGGUCGCAGUUUGGACACCCUUGCUAUACAUAAAUCAAACACAAAGCAUUAAU